AUGACUUCACUAUGUGAGGUAUGCUCGGAUGCUGAGGAGACUAUCAGCCAUGUACUUCUUCGGUGUCCUACAAUCGUGCAGAUAUCGAGAUGCUUACCUAUUCCACCACUUUCGCUGUGGGAGUCGGUGGAGGAUAUGCUCAAGUAUUUGAGCGACUCCCUCCGGAGGCCCAGCAUUGCUGAGAUAGGGAUCAAGGCGGCUUACGCGGCCUAUCAUAUAUGGUUAGAGAGGAACGACUGCCUGUUUGAGGGCAGGAGGUCGUCCCCACGGGUGGUGAAGGUCAGGGACAUCUGGAAUACCUGUACUGCUGUCUCAGCGUCCAGGUUUAUUUAUUUUUCUUGGGUACUCCCACCCUCUGAUUAUUUUAAGGUGAAUUUCGAUGGAGGCAUGGCGGUGGAUGGUGCUUUUGGAGGCGUGGGUUUUGUGAUUAGAAACCAUGACAGCAGAUUUAUUGCAAUGGGUGGACACAGCACACCCGGCAUGACCGCAGUGGCAGCGGAGCUUCGGGCAACUUGGAAGGGCAUUUUAUGUGCGAGACGUGUGCUGGGGGCUGAUAGCAUAUUCCUUGAGGGUGACUCUUCUACGGUCAUUGAUUGUAUCCGAAGAGUAGAUAAGUACGGGGAUGGCCAUCCGCUGAUCCGAGACACACGUAAAUUGGUGCGGGAGUUCACCUCCUUCCAGAUAGUUCAUAUGUAUCUGAGGCGAAUAGUGCAACAGACUGAGUCGCCUCCUAUGCAGCCCGGCACUCCACAUCAGCAGCUACAGUAG